GCCAAAGAAAUUUUAGUUCGUGUUUGGCUUCCUUUGCGUUCGGACGUGUUUGAAAAGAGACUCGGAACGUAGCUAUCUAAAUACUUUGCUUAAAUAUAUGUGCACUCUUAAGCUAAUUUAACAGCCGUAAACGUUUGUGCUCAACAAAAGCAGAAUAAAAACAAAAAUCAAAAUAUAUUUCCAAUUUUGCGAAAUACAUAAAUAACAAGUGCUUCACUUGUGUUUGGAGUGCGCUUAGUGUGCCGAAGCAAAUUCUGAAAUACUGCAAAUAUUUGAGUGAAUGAAGAAAUUUGUUAAAAAAAACUGCUUCAAAAGCGCUGAAGCGAAAAGUGAAUAAGAAAAAACUACUACUCUCUUGGGAAAAGAAUAUAUGCAAAUUCAGUGCUUUCAAAAAUAUGCACUAAAUUGUGCUGUUACUACAUUAGUACUGGAUUACUAAAAAAACUAACUAAGCCAGUUUUACGGCUUGUAACUCAAACUAACAAAUAAUUGGAUUACCCGCCGCACACAUCAGCGCAUUUGCCAACUUUAAGCUACGCAAAACCUCUUUACCUAUUGGAUUUGGCAUUUUUUGUGGAUUAGCUGUAUCACUCAACUUCGUUACACACGCUUUCUAUACAACCUUUGGAUUUGUGUAAAAUGGUUGUUUUAGAAGGUGGCGGCGGUGUUGUUACCAUUGGCAACAACCAAUAUUUGCAGCCAGAUUAUUUGUCACCCAUACCAACAACGAUGGAUUCCAAAAAGAGUCCACUCGCUCUGUUGGCUCAGACUUGCUCACAAAUUGGGGCCGAUUCCUCGGCCGUCAAACCUCUACUCGCUAUGGAUAAAUCAAAGAAGUCCGCAUCUUCAUCCUCAUCGUCCACCUCAUCGAAUGCCAGCUCUGAUUUGAGCGCAUCCAAGUCGCCGACUCAGGCUAAAUCACCGAAAUCCACCACACCAACCACCACCGAAGUGAAGUUGGCCUUCAAACCGUACGAAACAAAUGUGCUCAGCGCCCAAAAUCACAAUUCAUUCAAGUCAUCAUCAUCAUCGUCGGACGAACAACGACCCAGCUCAAAAUGCUCCUCUAGCGGUGCUGAUAAUGCAACACGCGCACCAUCGCGCAGCAAGUCCAAUUGCACACCGGAAUCACAUACAAUUAAAAUGGAAAAUGGUCAUGGUGCCACACCCAACCCGCACGAUAACAAUCGCAAAACUGUAUCACCCGCCGGUUCGUCACAGCGCGGUGCCAGCCCCAUUGUGCGCUCCGGCAUGGAGGUGCUCAACAAUGCCAAUGGCUCGGCCACACACCCAAAGGAGAUGAGCAGCAUGGCUGCCGCUGCCGCCGCUGCUGCUGCCGCUUACAAGGCGGCCAGUCCAUAUGGUCAUAUGAAUCCGCUUUCUGCGCUCUGCUGUCCACCCGGAAUGGAGCAACACGCCAAUCCCGCUUUCCGUCCACCGUUUGGCGGCGGCUUUACGCAUCAUCACGCUGCCAUGUUAGCAGCUGCUGCAGCAAGCGGCGGCUAUCCGGGUGGUCCUAAUGGUCCCGGCGGCCAACCCAACCCUUACAUCAGCUAUCAACGCAUCAAGACACCAUCGGGCGGCGAGGCCAUUGUGCCUGUUUGCAAGGAUCCCUAUUGCCCCGGCUGCCCGUACUCGGCACAUACGCAACAAAUGCUUAUGGGCGCCCCCUGUCCGGCUGGUUGCUCACAAUGUGAACAUCAAAAAUACGGCAUGGCAAUGAUGGGUGGCGCCGCCGGUCUCCCACCGAAUCAUCCUUACUCCCAAGCUGCCGCCGCUGCUGCCGCUAAUGCUGCUGCUGCACGCUCGGCGCCUUACGUAUGCAGCUGGGUGGUGGGUGACGCGUACUGCGGCAAGCGUUUCCAGACCUCCGACGAACUGUUCUCCCAUCUACGCACACACACUGGCAAUCUUUCCGAUCCAGCUGCUGCCGCCGCCGCUUUGGCUCAGUCACAAGCUCAAUCACUGCUGGGCACGCUCUUUCCACCGUCGGCCCUGCGUGGUGGUUAUCCAACGCCACCCUUGAGCCCAAUGAGCGCAGCAGCUGCGGCGCGUUAUCAUCCAUAUGCAAAACCCGGCGGUAUACCAACAAGUGCGCUAACAGCGCCCUCAGCUUUCGGUAUGACUGCCUUCAAUCCGGCUGCAGCAGCUGCAGCAGCGGCUCUAGGACCCUACUAUUCGCCUUAUGCCAUGUAUGGGCAGCGUAUUGGUUCUGCAGCGGUGCAUCAGUAAGUGGGCGCCGUCGAUGUAUAACGGAAAGUGCUCAGGAGACGAGCAAUCAACCGUCAGCAAGGCUAGUCAAGGAGAACGAAAGGCUAACCGAGUGAUCUCUUGGAGGCGCGCGUGCGCGUCUAUGUCGACUGCGAGGCCAACAGUAAGGAGGCGGCAGGCACAGAGAAGAUCGCGCGCUCAGUAAAAAUUUGCAUACCAAAAAAGAGAAAACGGAAAGAAAAAACUGAGGAUCUUGAAGAGGAGAACAGAAUUGCAGAAAUAAGCAACACAAAAAACGUUAAAAAUGAUUAGACAAAUUUGCGUUUCAAAAAAAGUAUAAAAAACAUACAUAUAAGAAAAAAUUCAAUUUGAGAAUGCGCUAUUAUUGCGAUCGUUUUACACUGUGAUACUAAAAUGUAGUUGGAUGCUAGGCUUAUUAGGUUUUAAAAAA